AUGCACCUUCUUCUUCCUCCUCCUCACCAAGGUGAUUUGCGUAGACGAAAAGGAGGUGGAGGAGGUUCCUCUGAUCAAGAAAGGAAUGAACAUAUAAUGUUUCCAAAACCAGAGACCAUAGAUUUCGACUUGCCCUGCGACACGUCUUACCCUCAGCAGAUUGGUGACAAUGCUGCUAGUUCUUCUGGAAGUCAUGUCAAGUCAUUUCUGAUUGAUAUGGGAUUUUGCUCUACUCUUGUUCAGAAAGCAAUUGAUGAAAAUGGUGAAGAUGAUCUUGAUUUGUUAUUAGAGAUUCUCACUAAGAGUACUCUAACGGAACAUCCUGAACCCAGCUUUCAUGGGCUUAUGGAACCCAAACCGGAGCCUGAUAUUGAAUAUGAAGUCGAUGGUAGAAGGAUGACGUUGCUAACAAUGAAGUUCCCGGAAAAUCUAGUUGACUUUGCACUGGAUACGCUUGGUAAAGAUACGCCAAUUGAUGAGAUGGUAGACUUCAUUGUUGCUGCGCAAUUAGCUGAAAAGUAUGCAGAAGAGUCCGAGGACUCACUUGAUGAUACCGGAAUGAAUGAAGAAGAUGAAGAUGUCGUUCCAGUCGCUGCUAAGGGACCUGAGGUUCCCAAUGAAGUACUGUUUGAGACAAUGGACAAAACUUUGCAUCUACUGGAAAUGGGAUUCUCUAAUAAUGAAAUCUCAAUGGCAAUUGAGAAGAUAGGUACGGAAGGUCAGAUUGCUGACCUCGCUGAGUCAAUCGUUACUGGUGAAGUUCCUGUUGGCUUUCCUGAUGACCUUGAAGAUAUAGAAAAGAAAGUUUCAGCGGCUCCUGCAGCGAAUCAUACAUGUCUUUCAAAGAGUUGGAGAUUUGUUGGUGUUGGUGGCCAGAAAGAGGAUGGUGGUGGGGGUUCCUCGAGUGGCACUGCUGAUAUAAAACCAGAUCCCGGUUUUGACUCUUUUCCUUUCCCUGCCACUGCCAACGUGGGAGAGACCUCAAGGGGUAAAAGACUAAAAGAUGAAGAUGAGAAUGCUUAUCCAGACGAAUAUGCUGACUUCGAUGACAGAGGGAAACGGCUAAGACCCGAAUAUAUGGGAGAAUCAAGCUCGUUUAUGGAAGCCCCAUGGAUGCAAGAUGAGAAAGAUAACACAUAUGAAUUUCCCAGUGCAAUGCAGCCACGUUUGUCCCAGAGGCUUGGCCCAGAUGUAGCCAAACGACCUUAUUUCUUCUAUGGAAAUUUAGGUGAACUAUCUCCUAGGUGGUGGUCUAAGAUCUCAAGUUUCUUAUUCGGAAUUCACCCCGAACAUGUAGAUACUCGGCUGUGCUCAGCAUUCCGUAGGACAGAAGGGUACCUUCACAAUCUUCCCAUUGAAAACCGGUUCAAUAUCCUCCCAAAUCCGCGGUUAACUAUACAAGAUGCAAUGCCACAAAUGAAGAGUUGGUGGCCACAAUGGGAUGUCAGAAAGCAUCUAAAUGGUGGCGUGUGUUCUGGAACGAACGAGGUAACUCAUCUCUGUGAACGAAUUGGACGCCGUCUAGCUGAAUGCAGGGGAAAGCCUUCUCAACAAGACCAGACUCUAAUACUUCGACAUUGUCACACCUCAAACCUGAUUUGGAUUGCUCCAAACAUCCUCUCACCUGUAGAACCUGAACAUUUAGAGAGCAUUAUGGGAUAUCCAACAAACCACACAAACAUCGGUGGUGGAAGAUUGGCUGAAAGAUUGAAGUUGUUUGAUUACUGCUUCCAAACAGACACAUUGGGCUACCAUCUCUCUGUGCUUAAGUCUAUGUUUCCGGAAGGGUUAACAGUUUUAUCACUCUUUAGCGGGAUAGGUGGUGCGGAAAUCGCAUUAAGCCGUCUUGGAAUCCAUCUAAAAGGCGUAGUCUCUGUUGAGCCCUGUGGAUUGAGCCGUAACAUACUGAAAAGAUGGUGGCAGACCUCAGGUCAAACCGGAGAGCUUGUGCAGAUUGAAGAAAUUAAGAGCUUAACAACAAAUAAGCUGGAGACUUUGAUGCAGAGAUUCGGGGGAUUCGACUUUGUCAUUUGUCAAAACCCACCAACACCACCUGAUCUCUCUAAAGAAACCUCAAGAAACGAAGCCUGUGAAUUUGAUUACACUUUGUUUAAUGAGUUUGUUCGCAUCUCAAAACGUGUCAGAGAUAUGAUGGAGUUAGCUUGA